AUGGUGGGUUGUAGAGAUUCAAUAAGCAAUUUGCCUACUGAGAUUCUGGGAAAAAUCCUGUCUUUACUUCCGACAAAAGUGGGUGCUUCGACAUCGAUUCUGUCCAAGAGGUGGAGGAAUCUGGUGGGUCUUGUAGACGAGCUUAGUUUUGAUGACGAUGUGGUUUUUUCGUACCCCAGCGAAGAAGAAGCAGCGAGAGGGUUCGUGGACAAAACAUGUGCUCUGAUAAGCAAUAUUCCCAUGAUCAAGAAACUCUAUCUGUAUCAUAUACCUGAGAGAAGACUGGCGGGUAUAGGAUAUAUGUGGGCGAACAAUUGUGUCAACCGCUGGGUUCGGACUGCAAUGGAAUCCGGUGUGUUGGAACUACACCUGGAAGCUCCUCUCUUCUGGUAUUUGUAUCAAGUCAAAGCUGUUGAGGAGCAACACACUGGUGAAGCUCACACUAACCGAGUUUUCAUAACCGAUGCUGGUCAUCGGUAUCCGCCGUGCUGCGGUGAGGCUGUGUAUAGUGUGUCCGUCAAGCGACUCGUGGUUCUUGUCGAUCUUCCGGCUUCUAAAGAGGAACACGACUGCAUGUGUUUCGAUACACCAAGUCUUUUGUACCUUGACUAUUCCACUUACGUCUUCGGAAGCCAUGAGUUUACUGGUUUUGAUUCGCUUGUCGAAGCCAGGCUGAGUAUCAGGCUAUGGGUGCCAACUACCGAUUAUGAUUAUUGUGAUUCUGAUGAUGAUGAUUAUGAUGACGACUACCAGAUUAGGACCUUUGCCCAUAAAAAACCAAAGCCUGUUAUCUUUGGCGAUGCUACAGGUAUAGUCGCGGGUAUAAGCAACAUUACGACCCUUCACCUUUCUCCUGAUUCCCUUGAGACAUUUCAUUUCUGUUGCAAAUCCACGCCGGUGUUCCGAAACCUCGUUAAUUUAUCUGUCGAGAGCCACAAGAAAAAAGGUUGGCAAGUAAUGCCACUUUUGCUCAGGAGAUGUCCCAAUCUCCACACUUUAGUCAUCCAGGGACUUGUGCACAGAGUAACAGACAGAUGCGGAGAUGCAUGCGCUUGCAUCCCUAAGAAGCAGAGGAAGAUUGUGAUGCCGGAAGAGGAGAUAUGCUGUUUACGGACAUGUCAAGUGAAGAUGCUAGUGAUUUCAGGGUAUGGAGGUUCUUUUCAAGAGCUGAAACAGAUGAGACAUUUCUUGGGCAAGCUCCAAUGUCUUCAAACUGUGAAAGUUGGUGUUGCUGCAGCAGACAACAACAAGUUCUUGCGAGCUAAACUGCUGGCUCUCCCCAGACUCUCAUCAGAGUGCAACAUCCAUUUCAUCUGA